UCUUGUUGAUAGCGACCGACAGCCGCCAGUUGAGUCAGUUCUGGCGUACGUAUUUUGUGCAGACGGCGAUUAUUACCAGAAUACUACUCGUACUAUUACAGACAGCAGAAGUUUUCCCGCUUGCGUUUUGUUACCUGCGAUAAAUUUCUCCUGCCAUGUCAGUGUCCGGACUUGCUUUAUGAAUUAUGGUUUGAAUUCCAUCAGUAUUUUUCAUUCGAUGUUUAGAUUAUUCAUCACGAGCCGUCCUUUGAAAAUGUUAAUCGUGCUCACAAAAAAAUGGACUGUUUCUUGGAGUUCAUCUAGUACUCUGUAGUCUGUAGUGCGCCUCUGGUAGUCAUUCCAGUCUUCUUUUCUGAACAACUGACCGGCAGUGCCUUUCAGAAGACGGACAUUGUGGCAGUUAUUUCUUAAUUUGUCAGGGAAUAUUGCUGCAUUAUAUCGUUAUCACAACGAUAUUAUGGGAUUCUUGGAUUAUCGAAAAAUUUUGGGAUAAGUUUGGCAAAAAAGCUAUCCUCGGCUCAACGCUGCGUUUCGCCUCUUAACCUCAACGCUUGACACAACAAAAAGACCAUUUACUUGGGAAAAACACUCGGAGCAUGGAGUCUGUGCUGCAUUGCCACGGUGGACAUAAAAUCCCCUUAAUUGGAUGGUUUAUGACCAGCCUGUUCCUCUUCUGCGCUUUCCCGCCAAUACACUCCCGCUUGUGGCAGGAAAACUACGAGCCCAUCCAGAAAGUCAAUGCGGAUGAACUAAGGAAAACAUCCAAACAGUUUACGGGAAAUGGCAGUGGGCCUGAUUACUUCCGGUUACUGGAGCGCGACGGAUCGUCAUUACUGGUCGGAGCUCGAAACUUGGUGUACAACAUCAGUUUGCUAACAUUACGGGAGAAUCAGCGAUUGGAAUGGUUUUCCUCCACGCAGGAUAUUGAGACAUGCACGAUUAAGGGAAAGAGCAGCGAGGAAUGUCAGAAUUACAUUCGGGUUCUAAUGAAGAAACCGGCGACGGAGCAGAUGCUCAUCUGCGGAACCAAUGCGUACAACCCGAAAUGUCGGGAUUAUUUGUUCGAAGAUGGCCAGUUUAAGCAAGUCAGGGAAUUUAGUGGGGUUGGGUCAAGUCCUUUCGAUCCGCGACACAAUAGCACCGCACUGCAAGUGGACGAUCAGCUCUUCGCCGGGACAGUAUCCGACUUCUCUGGACAGAUCCCCUCGAUAUUUCGCAGCCCGAAAACGUUGAAAACGAAGGAUGGUACAAGUUUUUUCAAUGAGCCCAACUUCAUCGGAUCGCUUGCCAAUGGUGAAUAUGCGUACUUUUUCUUCCGUGAAUCGGCUAUUGAGUACACGAACUGUGGCAAAUCAAUAUACGGUCGCGUGGCACGGGUCUGCAAGAAUGACAAAGGAAGCGCGCGCACCAAGUACAUCUGGACGUCGUUCCUGAAGUCCCGACUGAACUGCUCGGUGCCCGGAGAAUAUCCGUUUUAUUUCGAUGAACUGCAGUCGGUCUCGGGAUUGGUCAAGGGCAAUUAUAACGGUCGGCAACAGGAUGUCGUCUACGCCGUGUUCGGGACGCCGGAGAACAGUCUGACCGGGUCUGCAGUUUGCGCCUUUACGUUUGGGGACAUUGAACGGACAUUCAAUGGACGAUUCAAAGAACAGAAGAAUCCUCAUAACAACUGGCUGCCCGUUGCACCGGAUACUGUUCCAGAGCCGCGGCCCGGAAGGUGUGUCAACGAUUCGCUGACAUUGCCGGAUGACGUGCUGAAUUUCCUGUCCAAGCACACUCUGAUGGACGAGGCAGUACCGGCCAUGUACGGGCGACCGUUGCUCAUUCACAUCAGUCUGCAGACGCGCUUCACCACGGUGGCCGUGGCGCCGCAGAAACCCAGCGUGGACGGGCGGGUGUACGAUGUGCUCUUCAUCGGCACCAAUGAUGGACGAGUGAUCAAGGCAGUCAAUCUUGAUUUGGAUAAUAGGAAUGGCGAAGAACAGCUGAUAAUCGAGGACAUCGAAGUUCUACCCGGCCAACCGGUGACAAAUCUGUUGGUGGCCAACGAUCACGUGGUUGUGGUCUUCGAAAACGAGAUCCAUUCGUUGAAACUGCAGCGCUGCUAUCUGGCAUCCACAUGCCGGGAGUGCGUGCGCCUCCGGGACCCUAUGUGUGCCUGGGUGAACGAUAAGUGUAUGAGCAUGGAUGAAAAUAACGGCAAUCUCCCGUGGCCCAAGUCCGGCGCGGGACCCAUUCAGAACAUCAAAACCGGAUUACAUGAACGAUGCCCUGCCGAUCCGUCCAUUCCUUACUCGCCAACAACGAAUCAGGCAGCUGCCACUGUGCCUUUGUGUCGGCCAUGCAUAACACAGCUGCAGUGUCCAGUUUGUCCCAACAGUGCCCAUUCUGCGCAUGAUCAGAAUCGCGUAGCAAUUCACGAUCCGUCGAAAAAUAACCGGCAAAAGCCCGAGGACAACGAAGUGCCGGAAUAUCAAACCGCUAACACUGAUCUGGGCAACGUGUACAAAGAAGAAACUUUGGCCAUCGCCGUCGUCAUGACCCUUUUGCCAUCCCUCCUGGUUGGCUUCUUCAUCGGCUACCAAGUGUCCCGCUACCGAAACUCCGCCUUCAAAGAAAGUAACCUGUCGGAGACAUCCGACUACUCCUACGGUCCACACCGCCCCGGCCAGGAUCCCCGGCCAGCCGACUAUCGAAGCGAACCAAUCUACGCCCCCGCCGACUAUCCCUCCUCCAAGUCCAUCAACGUCGUGCUGAAUCUCCAGCGAAACACUUUGAAAAAUCACGCUACAUCCACAAUAGAAGCCAAGCCCAAUCUGCCCAGUAAAAAGGUCUACCUUUAAUCUCCUUUCCGGGUGGGAUCUCUUCCUUGUGACCUUUCACUGCUUUCUGCCUUGGGGACUACUUGAACGGGUGGAUGGGGGAAUGCGUGCCGAAUGACCUGAUCUCGGUCGGAAACGCGCACUCACGGUGUGGAUAGCGACGUUCUCCGAUGCAUUUGGCGCCGUUCUCGGUGGGCUGGCUUUGGCGGUGGAGGGGAAUGCUUCUUCCUCGACGUGAUGGUUGAACCAAGGGGCUUUCAGUAUUACAAUGAAGUAUCUAUCUUUAUAUUAUUAUCCGGAACCACAUGGGGUGUGGUUGUUGUGCGUAUUAGCCACGAAAUGCAUUCCGUUGCGUGUAUCUCCCUUGAUACGCGCUCAGUGUGCCUGAAACGCGGGUUUCCGGGGAAGGGAUGCGGCGGACUGGAAAGCUGUAUCGUGCUGUAUACCAAAGAGAACAAGCUCUUUAUAACGCUGCAGAGUGCUGCAGUUAAGUAUAUCUGGAUUUGUAUCGCCGAUGAGAUUGUUGCCGCGGGUGACAGAUCCAGGACAGAGUGACGCACAGCAGUCGAAAGGUCGCGCUGCGGUGGAACAAAUAUAUUGCUUUGGCCAAAUGCUUUUUCGAUGGUGCUGCCUAAUAUUUUGGCUUGCUCAAAAAUGAUGCGGAUUGUUACAGGAAGGGCGAUUUGGGUUUAUGUCUGGGCAGUGCUAGUGCUGUUGCCUUGUUUUACGUUCCGGAUAACUGUUCUAUGUACAGUAAAUCAAUCAUUCUGUCUUCGAUUUUUGUUUUUGACCUUUUUGUAGAAAUUUCUUGUUGCGAGAGUGACAAUAUGGUGUUGUGGGAUGAACUGACGUUACUUACUGUUCUGUUUUUUUUUGUAUUUGAUAAAUCUUCAUUAUUUUGGCCUAUGCACAAAAAGAUAGAAACUGCUCGAA